CCUGGGUAAGACAGGCAAGAGCAUCAGCUGCAGACCCAGUCCAGAAAGAUCCUCCAGUGAGCCCUGACGACAAACUGCACCUUCCCUACUACCUCACAUCACUCAUAUCUUUAAAGGAGGAAAAAAGCCUGUUUCAAUGAUGUCAACAGAAUGUGUUCAGCCACUUGAUAUCCCAGACGACAGACUGGACAAGCAAGAUUCACAGUGUAACCAUUUAGAAGAUCUUUCAGAGCAGCUGAUUAAGAGCUGUGACCUCAAAAAAAAACCAAGAAAAGGUAAAACCCUCACAGCUUCCCAGAAGACUGAACAGGAGCAAAAAAAGCCAAAGAGAAAAGAUACACCAGCAUGGCACACUCCACCACCUCUAACAGGCAUACUUUCAGACUCAUCUGAUAAUCUGCUGAAAAGGUACAGUAUCACAGAGAAGUCACAGAGAGAGAGAGUGAGUCCAGUCUCUCAAAUCACUGAACUGGAGCAGAAAAAGCCCAGGAGAAAAGAUACACCUGCAAUACACAUUCCACCUUUGAUAAUAGGCACCAGGCUGUUUACAGAAGAAGAACAAACAGUGAUUAUGGAAGAUGAAGAAAAGGAUGGAGACACAAUCCACAGUUAGAUUACAACAAUAUUUCUAUAAUACAGUGUAAAUAAUCAAGGGUCAUUCAAAGUGGCAGCACAUACAAAAAAGUUCUUUCAUCUUUAUAAAUAAUUAUUUUCUCAAUUGUACACUUGAAUUUAAACUAUCAUCAAGUGUUUAUCUGCUUAUCUCCAUCUCAUAAUUCCCAGCAAGCAUCAAUGGAGAUGAUGGCAGAAAUUUCAGUUACACUUAGGGUUUGAAGGAUUCUGUCAGUUUACUACAAGUGGCUUCCUAGCAUUUUUGUCAAUGAGGAAUCCACCUCAGGUCAGAUCUAGCUUUGUGCAGUGUGGUACUCAUACAGUACCUGGCACUAGAUACUAGAGAAGUGGUAGUGCAGAGCAGUAAAACAUCAACUAAUGAUUCAGACUGCUUUUUUUGCCUGACACUUUACCUCAUUUGUCAGCUUUCCUUUCCUGGAAUAACACUGACCACAGUGAAAAUUCCCAUAUGCAGAGCUGAUGGGAUAGAUGAAGAAGGUGAGAGGGCAGGAGUCAACUCUAUAGUCCCUGAAACGUAAAGCAAAAAUUUCUUCUGCCUGCUCAUGAAUUGUGUCUGUAAGGAGGAAAAGGUGAAUUUACUGUAGAAUGAAAAUUUAUACCUAAGGGCUCUCAGCAUUGACAGACACAUCAAACAGGAUGGAGGGCAGAGAUCUCAGUGGAGAAAUGCUAGGGAAGUGCAACGCCUGCCUUUUACCCCUGUGUUACACAAUUAUCUUCACUGGGUUGAUGAAAGAUAAAAUAAUUGGAUAGUUGAUGCUUUUGCUCCAAAUAAUUUCUUUUGACAUCUUCUUUUUAAAUUGAGUCCUAGGUCAUAAGUUAGGAGAGGUUGUAAAGAUUCAAAAUCACAGCAGGAAGGUAAAAAUAGAGUAAAAGCAAUAAUGUUACUCAAUGACAAAUGCUUACUGCAAGGUAGAACAGCAUUAUGUGACUUUUUUAAUAGUUGACCUCAAUGAUUCAAACAAGAUCUGUUUACACAGCCAGCUACAGCCUUCAGCAUUUGUAGAGAGAUGGGUAUUUGUAGAAUAUUUUACAAAAAAAAAGAUAGAACUGGACACUUCGUGCUUGCCUUAAUAACUCUGGGCUAGAUGGAGUAGCAUGGCCAGCUGAAACCUUAGGGAACUGAGCAGAGGUUGACGAUUAUCUAGCUUGGUGGACUGAAUUUAGUUAUCUUUUUAACUCACUUGGGCAGACAGCUGAGCACCAUAGUAGCUUGGACUUCAUUUGCCACUGUGACUGACCCAGCAUCUUUCAUGAGAAUGCAAUCCAUUCACAAAUAUAUGUCAAUGUAUACUCUCAAGAUGUAAUCAAUGAGCUUACAAUAAAUAAUUGCAUAUUAAAUUGUGCAAGAGGUCCACUAUAUUAUUAAUGAGAUGCCUGUUAUUUAGAAAGUGUAUUUGUUUUUAUCCUAUUAAUCUAUCAGUGAGACAAGAUAGUAUUUAAAAUAUAAACAAUCAAUAGUUAAAA